AUGUUAAUCAGAAUAGGUACCAGAGGAAGCAGUCUUGCAGUUGCCCAGGCUUUGGAAGCAAAACAAAAGUUGCUGGACUCUUUUCCUAACUUAUCUAUUGAAAUUGUUAAGAUAAAAACUUCUGGAGAUAAGUAUGCAAACGCAAAUCUUGCUGAAAUAGGAGGUAAAGGAUUAUUCAUUAAAGAAAUUGAGGCUGAAUUGCUCGAAAAUAAUAUAGAUAUGGCAGUUCAUUCGCUAAAGGAUGUGCCUGCGUUUUUCUCAGGGGGUUUAACAAUUCCUUGUGUUUUAGAAAGGCUAAGUCCAUGCGAUGCGUUUAUUUCCCAUAAACACAAUAGCCUUGAGUCUUUGCCACAGCAGGCUACUAUUGCCACUUCUUCAAUAAGAAGAAAAGUUCAGUUGUUAAAUGUUAGACCAGAUCUAAAUAUAAUAUCGCUACGUGGAAAUGUAACAACCAGAUUGCAAAAUCAAAGUUUUGAUGGAAUAAUUUUAGCUGAAGCUGGACUCAUAAGAUUAGAAAAGCAUCACUUAAUUAUAGAGGUAUUGCCACCAAAAGUUAUGUUAAGUGCAGUGGGACAGGGAGCGAUUUGUAUUCAAUCUUUGGCUGAAUAUGUGAGCGGAAAUAUGCUACAUCUUUGUUGUAUGUUAGCAAGUGGAAAAAAUAUAUACUUCACUGAGCGCACUUCAUUUAUAGAAGAUGCGGAGAAAAUGGGUAUGGAUGCAGGACUAGAGUUGAAAUCAAAAUGCUUAUAA